AACCAGAUCUGGAACUCUGACCUUUCCCCUCACCUCCCUGCCACUCACCAGCCAGCCGCCUCUUGUCAGGUGAUCAGGCUGUCAACUAAGCUUCUGUAGGGUAAGGUUUCAGGUCAGCUGGAGCAUAUAAAGAUAGGUGCCAAGCCAGAGGCAGCAGAGACAACAGUGAAUGGCGAGGGGGCAACUAGAUCCCUGCUGCCACCUCCUGGGAUGGAGCCCUAAGGAGCCUUAAGGCGGCCCUGUGCUUCCCCUACCCUGGCUGGACUCACAGCCUCCUCCCUGCACUAAAGCUCAGAACUGCAAAGCGGCCUCUCUCCUUGGACCUCUGCUGGGCCCUGGAGGGACCAGGCAGAACAUUCUGGGACCAUGGUUGGACUAAAGCCUUCAGAAGUACCUCCCACCACAGCUGUGAAAUUCCUGGGGGCAGGCACAGCGGCCUGUUUUGCUGAUCUCCUCACCUUUCCACUGGACACAGCCAAGGUCCGCCUGCAGAUCCAGGGGGAGAACCAGGCGACCCAGGCAGCCCAGAGACCCCAGUACCGCGGCGUGCUGGGCACCAUCCUGACCAUGGUGCGCACCGAGGGCCCCCGCAGCCCCUACAACGGGCUGGUCGCCGGCCUGCAGCGCCAGAUGAGCUUUGCCUCCAUCCGCAUUGGCCUCUACGACUCUGUCAAGCAGUUCUACACCCCCAAAGGAGCGGACCACUCGAGCAUCACUACCCGGAUUUUGGCAGGCUGCACCACAGGGGUCAUGGCGGUAUCGUGCGCCCAGCCCACGGAUGUGGUGAAGGUCCGGUUUCAGGCCAGCAUACACCUUGGGGCCGGGAGCAACAGGAAAUACAGUGGGACAAUGGAUGCCUACAGGACCAUUGCCAAGGAGGAAGGGGUCAGGGGCCUAUGGAAAGGAACUUUGCCCAACAUCACAAGGAAUGCCAUCGUCAACUGUGCCGAGAUGGUGACCUAUGACAUCAUCAAGGAGAAGCUGCUAGACUAUCACCUGCUCACUGACAACUUCCCCUGCCACUUCAUCUCUGCCUUUGGAGCUGGCUUCUGUGCCACAGUGGUGGCCUCCCCAGUGGAUGUGGUGAAGACCCGGUACAUGAACUCGCCCCCAGGGCAAUACCGCAGCCCCCUGGACUGUAUGCUGAAGAUGGUGGCCCACGAGGGACCCACAGCCUUCUAUAAGGGAUUUACACCAUCCUUUUUGCGUUUGGGAACCUGGAAUGUGGUGAUGUUCGUGAGCUAUGAGCAGCUGAAACGGGCCUUCAUGAAAGUCCAGAUGCUACGGGAAUCUCCAUUCUGAAUAAAGCAAGCCCACCUGGUACUUAACUAGAACAAGAACCAGUGGGUCCAGGCACACACAAACCCACAUAUGUUUACAGAACUGUUUACUUGCUACUGAGUCAAGAAAUAGAAGCAGAGGAAGGAUUCUGGUCUUCAGUGCUUUGUCUUAAGAACACAUCUGUUUUGCACUGACAAGAUGGAAAUUAAAUUAUAUUAAUUUGGGGGACCCAUAUGUUGGAUGCCUAACAUUUAGGCAAGAGAAAAUAAACCAAAACAUCCAUUUGGAUAAAA